AUGAAGGUGGCGUUCUACCAGUGGUCGUUUUCGACUUUUUCGCCAGCCAGCGCCAAAGACGACGACGUGGAAGUGGCGUUGGCGAUCGUUCUCGAUACACUCAACAUUGCAAUUCUGCCUGUGCUCUAUGGGUUUCUCCGCCGCUGUUGUUGUGGGUCGAGCCCGCUUGGCCGGCGCGACUAUGGCAGCUACACGUACAACAACUUCAAGAGCCGACUCGUCUUCGACUGUUUCCGGCUCCUUCGACCGGGGGCUACCUCGCUCGGCGGCAGCGUCCACGAAGCCAUCGAGCAAGAUCCGCACCUAAAGCACUGCCCGAUGAUCAGCUUGCGCGCCACUGACUGCUUCCUUGUUGCCUACUGCAACGGUCAGCGUCAAGAGACGCUGCGGCUGAGCUUACUGUACUGCAUGGACACACGGGGCAUCGGUGACGCUAGCACUGCGUCCGCCUACCCGUUCAGUGUGCUAACACGUCCGCCGCAAGCAAAGCUGCUCGCUCCUGAGUCCAAAGCUACACUGCCACUCGUCUACGAGAUCCAGCAACCAGUUGAGCCGUCUGCGUGGUGUCUGUAG